AUGCUAAGGGAUCAAAUCGUAGAAAAAUGCUAUUCAAAACAACUAAGAGAAAGACUCUUAGCUCACGAAGAACUAGACCUAGCUAAGACCCUCAGAAUAGCAAGAAGUAGCGAAAGCGCCAUAAAAGAAGCACGACUCCUUUCUGGUCAUGAAACAAAAGACAACAUCAUUAACAUUGACCGGCUGAAUAACCCUGACAAGCGAAAUAGGAAUUACAAUAGUGAAAAUUUCAAGUGCUCUAGGUGUGGCGGCGUGGGCCACAAGCCAGCAGAUUGUCGAGCCAUAAGUAUGAAAUGUAAUAACUAUCAAAGGUUAGGACAUUUUGCUCGCGUAUGUCGCUCGAAGGGUGUAUCUCGAAAGCCGUAUGAAUCUCAAAAGACUUCGAGUAAAAAGACGAAAGCGCAUAGAAACGUCCGUGCAAUUCGACGCAAAGAUUCAGAUAGUGAUGAAUCGUGUAUUGAAAGCGAAUCCGAAGACGAACAGAUUCUGUUCAUGGAAGGGCAAGACAGUCCUGUCCAGAUUACAAUCAAUGGUCGCAAGGUAAAGAUGGUCGCCGACACCGGUUGUAGGCAGAACAUUAUUUCUUCCCAGUUGUAUACAGAGCAGUUCAAAGAACACCCACUCGAAAGCACAACCAAACAGUUUGUGUCAUAUGGUCAGGAGGUACCGCUAACCUGCCUUGGUCGAUUUAAAGCCAGUUUGAAAGCAGGUAUGAUGACUAUUCAUAGCUUUGUGUACGUAAUUAAAGGCCAAGCCGAGUCGCUGCUCGGGAGAAAAAGUUGUUUUGACUUGGGAAUAUUCAAACAAGUCAAAUUUGUGAAGCAGACUAACUCUAACUCUAAGAAGAUUAAUGACCCAAGAUUGAACUCAUUAGUUAAUGAAUAUAAUGACUUGUUUCAUGGGUUAGGUCAAAUUACAAAUUAUUCGCAUAAAAUUAAACUAGAUCCAAAUGUUAAACCAGUAAGCCAACGUCUGCGAAGAAUUCCCCUUAGUCAAAUAGAGCAGGUUAAUGAUGAAAUUGAUAAAAUGUUGAAGGAUGACGUCAUUGAAGAGAUACCCGAACCAAGCCCUUGGGUUUCUAAUCUUGUAGUGGUGCCUAAGGCAUCAGGAGGUUUAAGG